CGAAGUGAGGAAGCGGUGGAGUGCGUCGGGACAUGGCGAAGAGGCGGAAUGGUCCUCCAGCCGAGCAGCACAUGUGAGCCCAGAGGCCACCGGUAACGGUUUUUAUUUUAACUUCAAAGGAGACAGUGGGAAGGGAAGGCAGAGAGAAGAAGAGAAGACAGGCUGAAGAGAGAGAUAAAGGUCCUCUGAGAGCUGACCGUCACCUCGACACCAUGGUCUGUGUGCCGGGCUUCAGCUGGCUCUUCCUGAGCGCUCUCCUGCACACUGUGGCACCCUGGGGCGCAGAGCGAGCGGCCAGACCGAGGCAGUGCGACGCACCAAAGUCGCAGAGCGACAUGAACUCUUUCCUGUGGAGAAUAAAGCGAGCGCCUCCUCACCCACCGUCCUACUUGUUUGGUACCAUCCACGUGCCCUACACCCGAGUCUGGGACUUCAUCCCCAACAGCUCCAAGCAGGCUUUCCGCAACAGCAACAACGUCUUCUUUGAGCUGGACCUGACUGACCCGCUGACCAUCUCCAAACUGACCAGCUGCCAGCUGCUUCCCCACGGAGAGAACCUGCAGACGCUGCUACCUCGAGACCUGUACCGCCGCCUCAAGCGCCACCUGGACUACGUCAAGCACAUGAUGCCUUACUGGAUGACGGCGGACCAGCGAGGGCGCGGCCUGUACGCCGACUACCUGUUCAACGCCAUCGCAGGGAACUGGGAGAGGAAGAGGCCGGUGUGGGUGAUGCUGAUGGUGAACUCCCUGACGGAGUGGGACGUCCGGUCCAGAGGGACACCGGUGCUGGACCUGUUCUUGGCUCAAGAGGCUGAGCGGAUGGGAAAGACGACGGGGGCGGUGGAGCGAGUGGAGGAGCAGUGUCACCCCCUCAACGGGCUCAAUUUCUCUCAG